GGUUCAAAAGAACGACACGUUCGCGAAUCGGACAUCGCUGAUCAGAAGAGGUGCGGCGCUUCAACUUCAAAUAGGUGUCAGUGUCAGUCACCAUCUCACACCUGCAGGAGGACUCGACCUGACACACCUGGACGUUUUCUUUUCUUCUCACAGUUUACAACAUUUACUUUUGCUCUGCACUGAGGAUAUACAGGAAGAGGUGACCGCAGAUUUCACUUUUGCGCUCAGAUUGUUCUUCCCGUGUCUCUCAGCAUGGCUUCAACAACCUGCACCAGGUUCACCGACGAAUAUCAGCUGUAUGAAGAACUGGGAAAAGGAGCCUUUUCUGUGGUGAGAAGAUGUAUGAAAAUCUCCACUGGUCAGGAAUACGCUGCCAAAAUCAUCAACACCAAAAAGCUGUCUGCCAGGGAUCACCAAAAACUGGAACGAGAGGCCCGAAUCUGUCGUCUGCUCAAGCAUCCCAACAUCGUGAGGCUCCAUGACAGCAUAUCAGAGGAGGGUGUUCACUACCUCGUCUUUGAUUUAGUCACAGGAGGGGAGCUGUUUGAAGAUAUUGUUGCCAGAGAGUACUACAGCGAGGCCGAUGCCAGUCAUUGCAUUCAGCAGAUCCUUGAGGCUGUUCUCCACUGCCACCAGAUGGGAGUGGUCCAUCGUGACCUGAAGCCGGAGAAUCUUCUCUUAGCCAGCAAACUGAAGGGCGCAGCAGUGAAACUAGCUGAUUUCGGUCUGGCUAUCGAGGUGCAGGGAGACCAGCAGGCCUGGUUCGGGUUUGCUGGAACACCAGGUUAUCUGUCUCCUGAGGUGCUGAGGAAGGAGCCGUACGGCAAACCGGUGGACAUGUGGGCAUGUGGUGUGAUUCUUUACAUCCUUCUUGUGGGUUACCCUCCUUUCUGGGACGAAGACCAACAUCGACUUUAUCAGCAGAUCAAAGCUGGUGCAUAUGACUUUCCCUCUCCUGAGUGGGACACAGUGACACCAGAGGCCAAAGAUCUGAUCAACAAGAUGCUGACUAUAAACCCUGCCAAACGCAUCACAGCAGCUGAGGCCCUCAAACACCCCUGGAUCUGUCAACGCUCCACAGUGGCCUCCAUGAUGCACAGACAGGAGACGGUGGAGUGCCUGAAGAAAUUCAACGCCAGGAGGAAGCUCAAAGGCGCUAUCCUCACAACCAUGCUCGCGACACGCAACUUCUCAAGCAAGAAUCCGUACAAGAAGCCUGAUGGUGUUAAGGAGCCUCAAACUACUGUUAUCCACAAUCCCACUGAUGGAAACAAGGAAUCAUCAGAGAGUGCCAACACCACCAUUGAAGAUGAGGACAUUAAAGUGUACCGCCUGCCUGCCGCUCCAUCUAGAAUGUACAAGCGUGAACAAUCUCAUUCCCAGCAGUCUAGUUCUUCCUCUUCCUCCUCUGUCUCCUGCUGCUGGUACCUCCCAAACAUGUGGCCUGAAGAAGUCUGCUGUAACCGCAUUCUCAAAGCCCUCCUGGCUCUCUACCUGCUUGUUUUCCUAUUGGCCUUUUUGGCGUUCCUCUACGUCAACUCAACAGCCGAUUGUGGCCAGCCCACUAAUCCCAAGGCUGCUCCCAAAAGGUCUCAGCUAAUCCAGAGCCACAUCACCAUUCAGUCGCGGAAACAGGAGAUAAUUAAAGUUACAGAGCUGCUGAUUGAAGCCAUUAAUAACGGAGAUUUUGAAGCGUACACGAAGAUUUGUGACCCUGGACUGACGUCUUUUGAACCUGAAGCUCUGGGAAACCUGGUGGAGGGGACGGAUUUCCACAGGUUCUACUUCGAAAACGCUCUCUCCAAAGGCCACAAACCCAUCCACACCAUCCUGCUGAACCCUCACGUACACCUGAUCGGAGAGGACGCGGCGUGCGUCGCUUACAUAAGGCUCACCCAAUACAUGGACGUCAACAAUAUGCCUCGCACCAUGCAGUCGGAGGAGACCCGUGUCUGGCACCGCCGUGACGGCAAAUGGCAGAAUAUCCACUUCCACCGGUCCGGCUCGCCAACUGUGCCCACCAAGUGAGUUAAUAUGGCCUUCCCUGUCAGCUGAGCUCCAUCAAGUGUCCGCCCAACUCAUCCACGAUCUUCACAGUUUGCUCGACUGUCUUGUUUACAUCCACAGCUGGACUGAUACCCAGGGCUGGAGAGUGCUUCAUAUCAGGAUGUGUGUUUGUAUGCGAGUACAUGUACAUGUAUUGAGUAUGCUGUUUACACACUAUAGACUCGUUUAUGUGAAAAGCAUGAUCUUACUUAGUACUCUAAUCUUUUUUAAAGGGUUACGUUUUUUGUAUAACAAAAUAUAUGGAGCCAUUUGUUAGUAAUCUGUGGUGUUUGGGUACAGGGGAGUGUAUAUCAGGAAAUAAUUAUUCAGAGUUUUUUGUUGUUGUUUUAAUUAGUGCUGUCAAAUCGAUUAAUUGCGAUUAAUUGCAUAUAAACAUAAAAGUUUACAUAGACACACACACGUAUAUAAUAUGUAUACAGAGAAACUUUUAUGUUAGAUGCAAUUAAUCACGAUUAACCGAUUUGAAAGCACUAGUUUUAAUUCAAUUUGUCAUUAAUGACAUUCAAAAUGGCAGAUCAUUUACUUAUUUCUUAAAAUGACAAAUAUAUGAGCUUUGCUUAUGGUUUUCAGUGAUGUACAUUUUGUGACGUUAUGUGAAUUGCUAUUCCUGCUUUACACUUUGGAGUAUUAAUAGUUUAUUAUUAGUGCAGAUAGGAAAUCCAAAAAUCUGACAAGCAGAAAUGUUUAGAGUUAUAUUUUCAUUUCUUUGCUCGUUCAUUAUCAUGCAGACAACUGGAUGUGGAAAACGAAUGUAACUCACACUGUACUAUACAGACAUGCUCAUUCUGUGAAAAACACAAAGCCAGAAAAGUUUUUCCUUCUUUUUUAAAUGAGUUGUGUGAAAUGUAGUUUUUAAUUGGGUACGUUCUCCAUCGUGACUGCUUCUCACUGGAAUUUGCAGGAAUCCUCAAGGAAAAAUCGACAAACAGCUUUAAUGAAUAGUGCAUGAUUUUCCACUCUUAGUCAUCUACACAUCAGAAACCUUCCGAUCCAUUUCUUAUUCAAGCCUCUGUUUUGACAGAAAUAGAUAAACUCGGCAAUGGUCAAGCAGAAUAAAUUCAUGUUAUACACAUGCAUUGCUUCAAAACACCCUCUGGAUUUGCUUUCAUUUUCUCAUUCAACAUUAUAACAUAUUAUUACUGGAGAACUUGAUAGGUUUCUAAAUACUUUAAAAUGUCUAAUAAAAUGUGUGAUUUCUGCAAAA